AUGCCUCAACUUGCUCUAUAUCUCAACUUAGUGCUAGCCUGUUUCCUCAUUCAUCCUGUCAACAGUGCUCCUCCGACCUUGGCGCCACCCCUCCCGGGCCUCCACAACCUUUUUACCCCAUUCCAUGAUACUCCCGUGGCACCAAUUCAACCACAAAAAGAUGAGCUAGAUCUUUAUUACGGCAAAUGCUACCGAAUCGAAAACAACAAAAAGCAAAAGCUAGGCUAUCAACAAGGCGCAUACUACCGGUAUGAUGCAGACGAUAACCGGCGCCCUUUCCGCGUCUGCCGCUCCACGCGGGGAGCUUGCAAGCGUGAACAAGAUGACCAGAACGUCCGCAAGAACGACCGGUUCUAUCUCUGGGAUGGGCACGGUUCGGCCUGGUCCAAGGGUCCAACCUGGAUUGGUUUCACUGGAGUGUUUUUGUAUCCGAAUAUUUACCGCGACGUCGAGAACUAUAUUGCGCCGUUCAAGGCGCAUCAGAGUUGUGAUCGAGAUGAUUCCAGUCAAGGGGGUGAUCUGAAUGAGCAGAAGAAGAAUAAGUGCUCACUUUGUGUCAAUUUGAAAAACAGCUACAAUAACUAUAACGGGCUGGCGACAUAUCCCACAGGAUAUAUUUACCAAACCGCAAAUCCGUCUGAUUGUGUUUAUUGGGUGUUUAAAGAGGUGGAUUGUCCAGAUGAUGAUUGGGUAGAGGAUGACGAAGAACUGUAA